AUGAAGAAACUCCCAAUGAAGCGACCUGAGGACCUAUGCAAUGGUGAAUUGCUGCCUGAAAUGCGGUGCAGGAUCCGGAAGGACCUUUACAUCGCCUUGGAUGCAUAUCAUUUAUCUGCCCUUUCGGUUGCGACUCUGCUUGUCUAUGUCGGAUUCAAACUGUUUCGGCGUUUCCAGGCGCCGCGCGUACUAAGGAAGCACUCCAUGGAUGUUGAUGAUUGGGAUGCGAGCAACUCAGUUUAUUUUAUAAGCCUUAUGUGCGCAGAGCUUGUCCAGGCGCUUGGCGGACUUUUGAAUAUACAAUGGAUCAUAGACGCUACUGUUCUGUUCCAGGAGGUCACUGAAGGCCCCUUGUGCAAAGCGCAAGGCAUCUUGAAGCAGAUGGGUGACGUUACAGUUGCUCUCACGCAGGCAUCUCAAGUUCCUAUCAUGAAUGUCCCUUCCCUCGCAAUUCAUACAUUCAAUGUCCUUGUGAUGCGGUGGCGGGUGCCUCCCUUGUUGUCCGUUUUCAUCAUCUCCCUCAUUUGGAUCUUCAUCGCCUUGAACGUUGGCUUAAGCUCUGCUACGCAUCCGGGAAACUACUAUGGGAAUACAGGAUAUUGGUGCUGGAUUCGAGAUGAAUAUAGUGUUGAGCGAAUAGCUCUCGAGUAUCUCUGGCUCUGGAUUGCUCUUGCCGUUAUGGUUAUAUUAUAUGGCCUGAUUGCUCUGGUCAUGCGGGGGUUCAUCGUGCUUGAUGAGGGUAUUCACUUCAUGACACAACGAAAUCGUAGAUGGCAAGACUUGACCGCAGCAGAUGAUGAAGACGAGCGGCAAUCCAAGGCUGUAGCAAACCUCAUGCUAUUUUAUCCCGCGGUGUACGCUAUCUGCGUAUUUCCCAUAACCAUUGUUAGGUGGCUCUCUUUUAGUGAUGGAGUAUAUGUUCCUCCGGGAGCGACAUUUUUUGCGGGCAUCCUUUUUUCGUCAUCAGGUCUACUCAAUUCUAUUUUGUAUACGGCAACUCGUCCCAAUCUAGUGCCGUCCAGCAAUAACACCUCCCGGAAUUCCCGAAGCAAAGCUUGACGACCACUUUCCAGGUCGGCCGGCAGAUUUCGGCCCGGACACUGACGAGGAAUCCCUUUCCCAUUUACCACAGGAUAGAGAUAGAUAAUGUUAGGAGCCGCUUAUCCGUCGGAUUGUACUGAUCAUCUUGUACGUGUUCCUCGAUGUCCCUCGCAAAAGCGGGAUCUGAUCAGUUCACCAAGAUCAACUUUUGUUGUACUUUUAAAUAAACCUCAUCCUUUGUACUCACUGUGCCUCGAACUGGAAGAAUUCAACAUCGCUGAGAUGAAAUGUGCCCGAUUUCCUCUACGCAUG